UUUUCCGAGUAGGCGGUGGACUACCCCAAAUUAAUAUUGAACAGGUCCGAUUCGGCUCCCACUUCGCACUCGCCCGCAAUCCUGUUCGCAGAAGGAUACACGUUGACCCCACUGCCAAAAUAGCAACAAAAAUUUGAAGAAAAUCAAUUUCUCAUUCCAGUAAAGAAUCUCACAGCUUCGACUUACCAAUACAGUAAUAUGUUAGGUAAAUUAUUCGAGAAACCCGCUCAAUCGCAAUCAUCAGCAUCCCAGAAUGCUGUGCACCAAAGCAUGGCACCAAGUGUUUCCAUUCACUAUGGCAUUCCAUCUACUGCAUCAAUUCUGGCUUUUGACCCCAUCCAACGCCUCUUGGCAAUUGGGACACUAGAUGGCAGGAUCAAAGUAAUUGGUGGAGACAAUAUUGAAGGCCUCCUUAUGUCUCCUAAAUCCUUGCCCUUUAAGAAUUUAGAGUUCAUGCAAAACCAAGGUUUUCUAGUGACUGUUUCCAAUGAAAAUGAAAUUCAGGUUUGGGAUCUAGAGAAAAGGUGCAUAUCUUCUAAUUUGCAAUGGGAGUCCAAUAUAACAGCUUUCUCUAUUAUCUAUGGCACUCAUUACAUGUAUGUCGGCGAUGAGUAUGGAUUUUUGUCUGCUCUAAAGUAUGAUGCUGAAGAAAGGAAACUUUUGCACUUACCAUACCAUGUUCCUCCAAAUCUUAUAGCUGAAGGAGCUGGUAUUUCAUUGCCUGAUCAUCAAUCCAUCGUCGGUGUUCUAUCCCAACCUUGUUCAUCUGGGAACAGGGUUCUGAUUGCAUACGAGAAUGGGUUGAUCAUUCUCUGGGAUGUUACCGAGGAUAGAGCUGUUCUUAUCAGAGGCUAUAGAGAUCUCCAACUGAAGGAGGGAACAAUUGUUGAUUUUUCAAAUAAUGAAAGCCAUACGUAUCUGAAUAAUUCAUUAGAUGAUGAACAAGCAGAAAAGGAAAUAAGCUCUCUCUGUUGGGUGUCUCCUGAUGGGUCAGUAAUAGCUGUUGGUUAUGUAGACGGAGAUAUUUUGCUAUGGAACCUUUUAGUUUCUGAUAAUAGAAAUGGUCAGAGAGCACAUAAAUCAUCUAAUGAUGUUGUUAAGAUACAGUUAUCAUCAGGAGAUAGAAGACUACCUGUCAUUGUUCUGCACUGGUCUCCUAAUAAGGCCCAAUAUGGUUGUGGAGGUCAACUUUUUGUUUACGGUGGUGAAGACAUUGGGUCUGAAGAAGUCUUGACGAUCCUUGAUCUUGAUUGGUCUCCUGGACUAAUAAACUUGAAGUGUGUUGAUCGUGUUGACCUUGCUCUUCAUGGAUCUUUUGCUGAUGUGAUAGCACUGUCAGAUCCAUAUGAAGCAGACAUUAAUGAUUCAACUUCACUGUUUUUAUUGACCAAUCCUGGGCAAUUGCAUUUCUAUGACUAUCCUUCUUUGUCUACGUUCAAAUCUGGGCUAGAGAAGAAUCAAUCUGUCCAUGCAGUUCAAUACCAUUCAAUUAUACCCACUGUUGAACCAUGUAUGACUCUGGGAAAGCUAUUUUUGAUCAAUUCUGAAGCGAUUUUUUCAAGAACAGUCUCAGAGACAGAUUCAAAAUCAACACUACAAGCAGCGGGUAAUAUGACGACUAAAAGGACGAGGUGGCCUCUGACCGGCGGGAUUCCUUGUCAACUGUCUUCUGCUGAAGUUAGUAGUAAUCAGAGAAUAUAUAUAGGAGGAUAUCAAGAUGGAUCAGUUCGAAUAUGGGAUGCCACAUUUCCAGUUCUGUCACUUAUUUUUGUUUUAGGAUUUGAGAUGAAGGGUAUUGAAGUCGAUGGUGCAGAUGGGUCAGUAUCAGCACUAGACCUUUGUUCUGCCACCUUGACUUUAGCUGUUGGCAAUGAACGUGGUCUGGUUUGCCUUUAUAGGCUAGAAAGAAAUUCUAAUCAGAGAAACUUGACCAUAGUAGCUGAAACCAAACAUGAAGUUCAUCAUUUGCCGCAAGAGGAGAAAAAUCACGUGUAUGCUAUAUUUUCCAUCCUUAAUUCUCCAGUGCUUUCCUUGCAAUUUGUAUCUUCUGGGGUCAGACUUGCAGUUGGAUUCCAGUGCGGGCAGGUCACAAUGCUUGAUACUGGUUCUUUAUCAGUUUUAUAUACUACAGACUGUGUAUCUAGCCCAACGUCCCCAAUCAUUUCUUUGGCAAUGAGAACUUUUCCGGAUACUCGUGAAAAUAGUCUAAAGAACUCUGAAAGUGGAACUGUAGCUGAAUCUGCAAAGGAGGUUGCUUUUGUCUUGACGAAUGAUGCACACAUGGUUUUAAUCGAUAGCAUCAGUGGCAAAACGAUCAGUUCUCAGUCAAUACAUACAAAGGAAGAGUCAACUGCCAUAUGCAUGUAUUUAUUAGAAGGCGAAGAUCCUCUCCCUGAAGGGUCCAAAAAGCACACACUGACAACUUUGCCCAAUCAGGAAGCUGAAAGUCCACCUGUGCAAACAAGUGAUCAGAAUCUAAGUGGUUCAUCAGAAGCUGAAAAUCCCAAGCAACUUACAUAUUUAGAGAACUUACCCAUGGCAUCUCUAAUUUUACUUUGCUGUGAGGAUGCUUUGUAUUUCUACUCUUUAAAGUCCAUAAUUCAGGUGGAGAAUAAAUUUAUCAGUAUACUGGAACUUGGGAAACCUUGUUGUUGGACUACAAUAUUCAAGAAAAGUGCAGAGGAAUUUGGAUUGAUCAUAGUUUAUCAAACUGGAGAAAUUGAAAUAAGGACUAUUCCAGAACUCGAGUUGGUGGGAGAUACUUCACUGAUGUCAAUUCUUAGGUGGAAUUUCAAGAAUAAUAUGAACAAGACAAUGAGUGCUUCUGAUAAGGGGCAGAUUACUCUGGUGAAUGGAUGUGAAUUUGCUUUAAUAUCAUUUUUGGCCUGUGAAAAUGAAUUUAGGAUUCCUGAGAAUUCACCUGGGCUACAUGAUAAAGUCCUUGCAGCUGCAGCUGAUGCUGCUGUUAGUUUCUCCCAGAGCCAAAAGAAGACACAGAGUACCAUCCCUGGAUUCAUUGGAAAUAUGAUGAAGGGUUUGAAAGGGGAAAAGGCAGAUUCGAGUUUGAAUUAUAUUGAAGCUCGUGAAGCUUUGAUUGGCCAUUUAGAUAGCAUAUUCUCAAGAUUCCCAUUCUCUGAACCAGACAAUGAAUAUGACGUAGGAGACUUGGAUCUUCACAUAGAUGAUAUUGAAAUAGAUGAACCUGUUCCUACUGUAUCCUCAUCUCUUACUGCUAACAAUGACAGAAAAGGAAAGGAAACUGAGAGGGAAAUGUUAUUCGAAGGUGGUACCGCAGAUACUAAACCAAGGGCUCGGACACGUGAAGAAAUUAUUGCUAAAUAUAGGAACACCGGGGAUGCUUCCACUGCCGCUGCACAAGCAAAAGAAAAACUUAUAGAACGCCAGGAGAAACUUGAGAAACUCAGCAGACGGACUGAAGAGCUACAAAGCGGUGCUGAAAACUUUGCCUCAAUGGCGAAUGAGCUCGCCAAGGCAAUGGAAAAACGUAAAUGGUGGAAUAUUUGACUGCAUUCAAUUUCAUCCGCCGAAGCAACUUGAUCUCGCUGAGCAUGAGCAAGCCUAUCAGAUUUUGGUUUGCAGUCGCCGAGCUGCGACUACGUAGAUAUACUCAUUUCGAAUUUCUACACUAUGUAUUGUUAUAUUUUUUAGAAUUAAAUAUUUAUUUUUCUUCAUUUAUGUGGAUGUCAAUGGCAUUAAUAUAUUUUUUUUACAUCACCAAAUAGAA